AUGGCCGCCAAAACCGCAACGAAGAAGGCUGCGCCCAAGCCGAGCACGAAAGCACCCCCUCCGAAGAAAACUAGCGUUCAGACCACCUUGACGCCAGCCGACUUUGCUAAGAAGUCGCCUGCUGGCAAUGGCAAGAAGCAGAAGCCGGCUGGCACACCGAACGGCAACAUCAUGGCAUUCUUCAAGAAAGCCGAGGAGAUCAACAGCCGCAUAUUCCUACAAGAACGAGGGUCGAAUCCAACGAUAGUGCUCGACGGCGACGAGGACGACGUGGGCUGGAGCGACGAGAAGAGCAAUGGCGUCAUGACUACAGACAACAGCGAUGAGCGGUACAACGAGAAUGGUGGGAGCAACAAGAGGCGCAAAGUCAGCGAAGAGGCGGUAGCGCCUGUGCCGGCCUGUUCACCACCCCCGCCGGCUGAUGUUGAGAGCAAUGCCCUGGAUGCAUUGGCAGCCGACGUUUCUAAGCAAGCGCCCAAACUGCGGAAGAAGUCUGGACCCUUUGUGGACGACUCAGACUCCGAAGACGACGAAGUGGAAAUGCCUGCUACAACUCCAGGUAUGACCAUACGAAGCCAUAAUGAGGAAUCGCCAAUGACUAAACCAACCGAGGACCUGUUACCCCCGGAUAGUGCCGAACACUCCAAAUCCCACGAUACCACACCCAUCAAGUCCGAAUCGACAUCUCAACACGGCGGCGAAGAGUUGGAGGAAUACGAAGAUCUGGAAGACGACGAUCUGCUCGAAGGCGAAGAAUACGAUGAAAGGCGAUGGAUGAAGGAACAACAGAAGCUCGAGAUGGAAGAGGCAGGCUUUGAGGGCGACCCGGACGAUUUCGACGCGCCACCUCUAUUCCCUGAAAGCGAUGAUACCGAAGUCAAACACGAAGAGCCACGUACCAAUGAUAUACCUUCCUGUCCGAUAUGCGGCAACAAUCUUCCAGGCCUGUCAGAACAAGACGUAUCCGUACACGUCAAUGCGUGCCUAGACGGCAAUCCACUCCCUUUACCUGUAGUGAAGUCUGAGGAGGAGAGCAAGCCGACCAUGACGAGUAAAGCGAAAGUUUUCAAAAAGCCGGACAGGCCAGCUAAACCUGGCCAAGCCAACCCCUUUCAGCUUGCGAAGCCCAGCGCUCAGCCAAGUUCAGCCUUUUCAAAGCUUAUGGCCGGCCAUGCUGAGGAUGCUGCUUGGGCAUCAGCUGCAGCCGAGAACAACAAGUCUCGCGGCAAGCCCGCAUACCAGCGCACCUGUCCGUUCUACAAGAUCAUGCCUGGCUUGUUCAUCGCUGUUGACGCAUUCCGCUAUGGAGCCGUCAAAGGUCAAAACGCCUACUUCCUGAGUCAUUUCCACAGCGAUCACUAUAUCGGACUUACCUCCUCAUGGAAACAUGGACCGAUUUACUGUAGCAAAGUCACUGGCAACUUGGUACGACAGCAGCUUCGUGUGGACCCCAAGUGGGUGGUGGAUUUGGAUUUCGAAAAGAAAACCGAGGUACCAGGAACGGAAGGCGUCCAUGUCACGAUGAUCUCCGCAAACCAUUGCCCUGGUAGCUCCCUAUUCCUGUUCGAGAAGGAGCUCAGCAAGGGCAAGAACCCGAAACUACAACGCGUACUACACUGUGGAGACUUCCGUGCGUGCCAAGCGCAUAUCGAACACCCGCUAUUGCGCCCAGACGUAUUGGAUGCUGUGAGUGGAAAGAACCGGCAGCAGAAGCUAGACGCUUGCUAUCUUGACACCACCUACCUAAAUCCCAAAUACGCUUUUCCACCUCAAAAGCAAGUCAUCCAAGCUUGCGCGGACAUGUGCGUAAGCCUUAGCAAAGUCCGCGCGGACGAUGCGGAUGGAUGGGAGCGAAUGAAGCGAGACCGCGCGGGUCAAGGCAUGGUCAAGUUCGUUCGGAAAGACUCUAAUACCGACGCUACCGGCGAGUCCAAAAGCUCUGAACGAGGCCGACUUCUCGUUGUGGUAGGCACAUACAGCAUCGGCAAAGAGCGCAUUUGUACUGGAAUUGCAAAGGCCCUGGGAAGCAAGAUCUUCGCGCCUGCCAACAAACAGCGCAUCUGCAAAGCGCUUGAGGACCCUGAACUGGAUGCACUACUUACGACAGAUCCUCGGGCAGCUCAAGUACACAUGACGCCGUUGUUUGAGAUCCGCGCGGAGACAUUGGACGACUACUUGCGCGAUUAUGCCGACACUUUUACGCGCGUUGUCGGCUUUAGACCCUCAGGCUGGAACUAUCGUCCACCAAAGGGUCGCUUUACCGAGUCACCCCAAGUACAAACCGUCUUGCAUUCCGACAAUUGGAGAAGUACCUUCUCUAUGAAAGAACUGACGCCGCAAGCCGGGAGUGGAAGUCGGGCAAGCUGCUUCGGUGUGCCGUACAGUGAGCAUAGCAGCUUCAGAGAGCUGACUAUGUUUUGCUGCGCUUUGCGCAUCGACAAGAUCAUCCCGACAGUCAACCAUCUACUCGACACAUUCAUCUACGUUAUCCCCAAGUUCGCUUCCGCCAUGUCGUCAAUCAUCCGCCUCCUCGUCAUUUCCGAUACUCACUCCACCUGGCCCUACACCCCAGACUGCCCUGCACCUCCAUGCGACAUCCUCAUCCACUGUGGUGAUCUCACCCAAGUCGGCGGUCUUCCCGCAUACAAAAAGGCUAUGCAAGACAUUCAGACCGUCGACGCAGAGCUCAAACUCGUCAUCGCCGGCAACCAUGACCUCGAUCUCGAUGAAGAGUGGGUGCGCAAGAACGCUGAAGAUGGAGAAGAGGAAGAAGAUAUGGAGGACAGUAGGAAAUGUGUCAGUUUCAUGGAGUCGCACGAGAAAGAGGGUGUAUACUACCUGGAAGAGGGUAGACAUGAGUUCAAGCUGAAGGAUGGGAGAAGCUUCAGUGUCUGGGCGAGUCCGUAUACGCCAGAGUUUAACGGUUAUGCAUUUGCGUACGGAAAAGACGAAGAUCGAUUCAGCAACAUACCCGAAGAUAUCGAUAUCUUGAUGACGCAUGGACCGCCUUCAUUCACUGAUGAAAUCGGCUACGGUCUCGGUGUCAAUGUGAAAGGAGAGAGCUGCGGAUGCAAACUGCUAGGCGAUGCAGUAAAGAGGGUGAAAUCAAGGCUGCACUGUUUCGGGCAUGUGCACGAAGGGAGAGGUGCUGUGAAGAUGCAGUGGUCUGAGAUGGGAAAUGGGAAUGAAAGAGUGAAGGUACUGCCAGAUGACGGGAAAGUCCUUAGCAUCAGUAAAGAACAAGGAGGGACGAAUUCCGUGCUAGUGAACGCGGCGGUAUGUGGUGAAACAAAAGGCUGGACUAUCGACCUCGACAUAUAA